AUAAAUUUUGUAAUUUUAUUUAUAAACAUUUAAUUGUGAUUAAUACUAAUUAAAUUAUUUAGUAAAACUUUGCUAAAAUGCCUAUCGAUGGUAGAGAAUUAAUAGAAGCCAUCUCCGUAUUGGCAGAUGAACAAAAUGUACGAGUCACGGUGAAACAAUCGGGCAAAGGUGCUAUUGUGUGUGGAGCUUGCUGUUUUGCUGGUGGUCUAUUGUUGGGACCAGCUGGCUUGGCCAUUGGCGGUGCUGCUGGUGGCGUGGUGGCAUAUAAAAUGACAAAAGGUUCUUUCCGUCCUUUGGGUGACGUCAUCAUAAAUGAUCUUACCGAUACGCAAAAAGAACAACUUGUUCAACAUGUCACCAAGGCUGUGCAAGAUGUUCAUCCCACUGAUUUGGUUAUGCUAUUGCCAUUGAUCAUGAAUAAUUUGUCUAUACAGCAGGCUGUUUUAAAAACUGUAGUCAGUUUUGUUUCAAAUGAACUGCGUUUGCAAGUUAUCGACUGAUAAAGCUGGUAAUUUGAUGUAAUUUUGUUAAUUUGAAAUUUAGUUUUUUUAUUUAAAGUUUUAAUUGCUGUUGAUCUUUUAAAAAUGUGUGAGUUUAAACAAGUUUUAUUUUAUUUCUUCAUGUUUUAAGAAAACUAUUUUGUAGAGUCCGACCGAAACCGUCCAAAUAAUCAUUAAGCGGCCUAAUGCGCAAAAAAGAUCGAAACUUUUCUGAUUAAUUUCCAAAAGAAAAAUAGUUAUUUUAAUUCAAGAGCAUGUUUUAGCUCAUUUUUUGUUCCUUUACAUUUUUGACUCCCACUUAAUAUACAGCCCAAUUAUGAAUAAAAAAUUUCCCGGGAGUUUUUUCCCAUUGAAUAGGAAAAAUGAGAAAAGGGAAAAACUCCCGGGGAGUUUUUAUUCAUAAUUGGGCUGAUUGUUUUUCUUACCUUGAACUGAAAAGUUAUUUUGAGAUCAGUUUUUACAGGUUGCUUAGAUAUUUUACAAUAAAAAUAUGUUUUUGUGUUCUAUUAAUUAUAUUAAAAAUUCCAAAAUCUUUGUUUUUCCUUUAUAAAAGUCUCGGUUUCACUAAUCUUAGGUUUGAUCUAAUACUGGUAUUAGACCAAUUUAUGGCCUAAUCGGAAACUGAAUAUUUGGGCGGACUCUAACAUUUUGUUAAGGCAAUUUUAAAAGAAACGAUGUCCUAAAAACACAAUUUAAGUUUUAAUAAAUUAUUAAUUAAUAAAAUUUUGUAAUAAAAUUGGUACAAACAAUUGUAAAACUUGUGUGAAAUAUUCAGAAUUCUUUAAAAAUAAUAUUGAUUUAAAAGAUUAUUAUUAUAGGUAUGUUUUUAAUUAUAAGUUUAAUUUGUAAAAGCCAUUUUGCCAUGUACUUUAACUGUAAAUUUAAGUAAAUGUUACUAACAAAGUACCAUAAUUCGUGUAACCUUCCAUUUCCCAAAGUCUUAAAUUCUAUUAAAAGUAACAAAAUAAUAAUUACACGGCAAAUUAAUAACAUAGAUCUUAACACCUUCCAAAAUAUUUAACUAAUUAAAAAUAAAACAUAUUUUUUUUAUAUUUUAUUGUUAUAUUUUUUUAUAUUAAAGUAUGUAUAUGAAUAAAAAUAUUUAUACGUUUAGUAA